UCAUACAUUUCCAUAUCUUCAUCGCUUGCCUCUACCUUGCUGUUCUGCUGUGCCACGCUACGCAAAAAUCGUGCAACACCUCACUUUCAAACUACGCCCGAAGAGGCACUAACCACCUUGAAACAAAAUUUUACAAUGCGGUUAGGACGGGCAAGCGCCCUGCCCUUGUUGGCGCUGUUUCUCGCUGCGUUGAGAAGCGCCUUUGCGCUGGAGUUUGAGAUGCAGUCACAGAUCAAGUGUGUAUAUGAGGAAAUUAACAACAACGUUAUCGUGGUCGGAGACUACAAGGCGUUCCACAAGGAGAAUGCAGGACAGGGCAUCACCGUUAGCGUAAAGGUGGAGGAUCCGCACGGGAUUGUGCUGCACGAGUCCUCGGGAAACGUGAAUGGCCAGUUCGCUUUUACAAGCAAGCAAGCUGGAGAGUAUAAGGCGUGCUUCUCCGUGUCAGAUAUCCAGACCGCCUACCAGACCAAGUUGAAGGUGGACUGGCGGACGGGCGUGGCGGCCACGGACUGGAACGCCAUCGCCAAGAAGGAGCACCUGGACGCGCUCACCGUGGAGCUGCGCAAGCUCGAGGACAACAUCCGCGAGGUUUACAGCGAGAUGCUGAUGCUGCAGCAGCGCGAGCAGGAGAUGCGCAACAUCAGCGAGGAGACCAACACGCGCGUGGCGUGGUAUAGCAUCAUCUCGCUGGGCGUGUGUGUGGCCAGUGCGGUGGUGCAGCUCUGGUACCUGCGCCGUUUCUUCAAGCGGAAGAAGCUGAUGUAAAUGCACAAUGCGCGGCAUGAGCAAGCUGGCCAUUGCGGUGCACAGACCGCACAGCGUGCGAGCAAGCUGGCGGAGGCGCUUGACGCGGGUGCAGCGCGGGGACAGGGCGGGAGCAAGGAGCUGCUAUGGCACAAGGAGCUGCUGAGGGCCGCUGCGGCAGCUGUGCAGCGGCUGUGUGAGAGUAGUAGCAGCAGCUCAUGGGAGGUUGUUUCGGACAGCGACUGGCGAGCGCGGAGGGGGUGGCUCUGCUAGAGCAGCGGAGGUAAGGGCCCUGCAGGCUGGCGGACCUAGGGAGUAGCUUGUUUUGGUUGACUCCUCCAGGGGUGAAUGGUACCGUCUGACAAAAAGUCGCAUGGCUCAAACUCGGCGGGGCGUGCUGAGCGGCGGGCAACGGUGAUGGCGGGCAGUGGUCACAAGCCCCUGGUGGGGUAGGGAGGAGUGCUUGCUGCGAACGUGGGGCUAGGCUACGUGACAGGUCACUAGGGGACGUGCACACGAUGUGGCCGUGUGUGUUCUUGCAGCGGCAACCCGCGUGCCUACAUUGGGACGCGCCGGUAUGUUUGCCACAUGCAUAGGCGGCGCUAUCACGGCUAGAUACAGGAGAUACAGGAGACUUUUAGGGUUUUAGGGUUUAGGGUUUUAGGGUUUUGGGUUUUCUUAAAGGUGGUGCAGGGGAUGGGCGAAGCCGUGAAGCGAAUUCACCUUGUGAGGACCUGGCACGUCGCCUUUGUUCUGCCCGGCUGGUUGCACGGGCCGUGAUGAGCACGCAGGCCUGGACGGUGUGCGCUAGCUGUCCAGGACUGAGAGAUGACGGGAUACUGCAGAUGGGUGACUUUCGAGGUAUGGCCUGAGUGGUGAAAGCAUGCGGCAAGUGUGAUCGGGUCACAUGAGUGUGUCUGGGCAGUCUGGCAGCAUUGGGCUGCCGAUCGCGCCGAUGCAGAUUGCGCCGACAUGCAUGUAAAUGAAUGCUAAU